CCCGAACAUGUUGGCCUUCGCACCGCUCCUCCUCACCUUCCUCUUGGUAUGUAAUGUAUGGUCAUUUGUCAAGGAAUUCCGACUCGCCGCCUUCUUGACAGGAUGUCGCCUCUUUAUGUGGCUGAAGCAGGUAGCCUGCGACGCAUUUCAGGUGCCGCUCGACGUCCCUCAUCCACCAGCAGAGGUCCGCCCUGCCGCUGCUCCUGUGAGGCAGACAACACCGACAUCAUCAUCGUGGAGCUUCAGCGAGAUUCUCACCGACACAUCGAGAAUGAGUGUGGGACAUGCGGAUGCGGCGCUGCUGGCGCAACCGAAAAUAUCAAAAUCGGGGUGAGUCGAAUGUAUGAGCAUAGGCCGAUGGAAUGCACGGCUUUCUAUCAAGCGUACACGUCGUGAUGAUGCAGGUAUGACGUCACGCCGAUGACAGACGAGGAGGUUCAGAAGGCGGCGCAGGGGCUGACAUCGAAGCAGUACGAUGUACGUGUGUAAGACGGACAGACACGAGGGAGGGAGGGAGGGAGGCAGGGAGGGACCUGUGCAUGGUGAGUGGUGGAGUGUCGUAUCUGUUCCUGUCGGCUCACUCCUUCCUUCAGAUCAACCUGAAGGCCGGCACUGAGAUGGCAUUCACCGGCGAGACCGUCAACGGAUACAAGUGGAACACAAAAGAAAGUGAGCAGGCACAGGUAGCCCCGCUCACGAGCGACCGAUGAUCGUAUGUUUGGGUGUAUAUGUGUGUAGAGGGCAUGUGGGUUGGCGCGAUAAGUGGUCUGCCGCUGUUUUCGUCCGACGACAAGUAUGACAGCGGCACAGGAUGGUUGUCAUUCCUCAAGCCAGUCGACCCCAUGCAUGUCAUCGAAAGAAAGGACCCAAAAGGUUAGGCAUGACACACUACCUGCUUACCCUGUGUGUGCAUGUGCGGCGCGUGUGUUGUGGAUGGAUGCUUGUGCGUGCAGAUAUGGCGUUUGGGCCUUUCGAACGGCGCACCGAGGUGUUGGACGCCAAGAGCGGAGCACAUCUCGGCCAUGUGUUCGACGACGGCCCGCCUCCCCUCAAGAAGCGGUACUGCAUGAAUGCGGCGUCGAUGAAGUUCGUCCCAGCCGAGCCAGUCAAGGCGAAAUCCUGACGCGGGCCAACAACCAGCAGCAACAGCCCAAGCAAGAAGUGAAGAUGUCCAUGAUUCAUGCCUGCGCUCUCUCCCGAAGGGUGCAAGAGUGCGGCAGACAGACAGGUGGACAGUGUGUGUUGGCUGCAUGCGCCAUGGCAGUAUGGAGUUGGUGUAGUCAUCUGGCGUCGGGGUGUGUGUCUGUGUGUGUGUGUGCGUGUACGUGUGCUUUGGUUGAUACUCAUGUUCAUUUUGGAUUGGGAAAUGCAGCAGUGAUGAGGGAUUCUUUCGAGGGAUGGACCCUUCUUCAUGUCAAUAAACCUCUUCACGCCCAACAUAGAGAUAAGGAUCACCCCUGCAUCUCACGAGUUGAUGAAUCAACAGACACUUUUUA